AUGGCCGACCCAGUAUCCCCGGCGUCCACUGCGCCGCCUGCCGCUCCGGCUGCAACUACGGCUACACCUCUUCCUCCUCCUCCUCCUCCUCCUCCUCCUCCGAAAGCCCCCAGGCCGCAGAACCAGGCACUUCGCAUGCUCGGUCUCCCUAACCUGCCCAACAAGCUCCCCUCCCGAAAUUGGAUGAUCUUCUGGACCGUCUCGGCCUCCAUCACAGCUGCAAUCAUUUACGACCGCCGCGAGAAGAGGCGAAACAUUGCGAAAUGGAGACACGCCGUCGAGCACCUGGCUGCCGAACCCAUCACCGAUAAACUCGGCCUUGAACAGCCGCGCAAGCUGACCAUCUACCUCUCCGCCCCGCCCGGCGACGGCCUGCGCGUCGCUCAGGAUCACUACACAGAAUACGUCAAGCCUGUUCUUGCCGCCAGUGGCUUGGACUGGGAGUUUGUGCAGGGCCGCCGGGAAGGCGACGUGCGCGCCGUAGUCGCAGAAAGACUGCGCAAGGUGCGCCGUGGCUGGGAGAACAAAGACGAGCAGGACCCCAACCGCGAGCCUACCAAGGACGAGUUGAUAGAGAUCUACCGCCAGCAGCGCGGCAUCAAGGACUACGAGGGUGUUCGCGGCGAUGUUGUCAUUGGCCGUCACACAUGGAAGGAGUACCUCCGUGGCCUGCACGAGGGUUGGUUAGGGCCGCUGGUCGCGCCCGCUGAGCCUGCGCCGCUCCCUCCCACACCCGCACCCGCUGCGGCUGAAGGUAGCGCAUCCACAGAAGACAAGCCCGCGGAGGAGAAGAAGGAGGAGGAAGCCCCGAAGCCCAAGCGCCCACCCCAACCCAAGCCAUACAACACAACCUCCGAUUACCCGUCCGAGAUCCUUCACCCCCUGACGCCACAGGAGCUCACCCCUGCGGUCCCUAUCCGUGAGCCUCACAUUCUCGGCUUCCUCAACACCCCUACACGCAUGGUCCGAUUCUUCAACCGCCGCUCCCUCGCCGACGACAUCGGCCGCGAAGUCGCCGCUGUGUGCCUGGCAACCCACCGCGAGUUCCAGCAACAAACCAACCCAGACGCGCCGUCUACCGAUUCGGUGCAGUAUGAGCAGGCGAAGGAGCUCGAGUGGGAGGAGCAGGACUGGCCCAAGAAGGUAUGGAAAGAGGAUGAGGCCGAUGCCGAUAAGGAAGUGACGGAAAAGAUCCAUACCAAGCCCGUGGUCAUGGACCCAAGACUUGCGCACCGCAUGAGGAGGUUUGCCUUGACGCCCGAGGACGAGGAUCGGGUGAGCAAGAUUAAAGUGCCUGAGGAGGAGGUCGAGGGCUGGAUCAAGGGCUCAUUGAGGAAGGCCUGUCGUUGGGGCUACGACAAGGCCUUCAACAAGAAGAAGCUUGUCCCUUUGGAGGAUAAGGAUGUUGAGUAAGCGAGGUGGUACUGUUGAUACAGGAAACUUGUGUCCAACUGGCAUCUUAUCCUCAUGUACAAACAAAAGAUAUAAAGGAGGUGCAUGUUACGAUCACAGUUUAUGAAUAAGCAAUGGCGAAGAAAAGCUGGUUGUGGACUAGUUGUUGGGUAUAUAAAAGGGCUAGGUGUUGGCGGUUGCUAUUUAGAUGAGAUUGGCGAUAUCUCUGAUCUUUCCAGCCCUCUUCCACACAGCAUAUGAUGAGCCUCCUCUUCCAGUAAACUCGUGAAUCAAGUAGUUCAACCAAGUCAACUCCUGCCUUGUCUGAAGCCCCGUUUUCAUUCUUCAUUUCCCUUUACAAUGCUCAGUCAUCAUCCUCAUCCGACGAUGCAUAUGAAACAAGUCCACCAGAGGGCUUUUUC